AUGUUGAAUAUUGUCUGCUUGUGUGCUUUAGCUGGGGCGGUGGUGGCUGAGGCCGCGCCUCAGAUCACCGCGUUCCCCACCCUCAAUAAGCGUACCAAUGUCAUCGCGGGUAAACAAGGCGACGAAUUGAACGAGUUUGGCGUGUCUACCCUGGGCCAGUUUUACUAUACCAUUGCCCCCGAUGUGUAUGCGCUGGCAGUGGCCCUGGAGUUGGAGAUCACGGUACCUGAGAUCGUGAGCCAAUACAAGGACCAAUACGCUGCGGCUUACACCCAAUACCAAGGGGUGGUGCCGGAGUCGGCCAUCAAUAUCGACUCGGUAAAGGGUGAUACUGAAUUUGGUAUUGAUCUGGAUCUCGGCUUUACCUCAGGAGACCAAGCCUACAUCACGGCCAGUCCCAAGAACUACCAGAAGAUGCUCGCCGCUGAGCUGGUGACGGGCGCCCAAGCGACGCUGGUGAUUGGCUUAUACUCCUCAAUUUAUUCCCAGUUCUCAGGUGUUAUCCCCAUCGCUGCGUUGGUGGGUGUGUUACCGGGCGGUCUCUUUGGCGGUGGGGAUAUUGGUGGUGAUGUCCCCCUAGUGGAAGCCACGGCCCCAGCUUCAGAAGUCACCGAUGCUAUACCCUCAUCGCUAAUCAAAGCUCAGCUUGCUACCGAAACUGCUGCACCCAAAUCAUCGGAGUUGCUGAUUCUGGUCGUCGAACCUUCAUCUCAAGUGUUGGACCAAUCAGUGCUCUCGUCACAAGAACCAACUAAGUCUACCUCUUUAGUUGGGGUGGCAAGCUCGUUUACCGGUAACGUGAGUGAAGUAUCUUUGGAACAACAAGCAAAAUCGUCGCAACAACUGGACUCUGUGGAAACCGCCUCGAAGCUGGCUUCGGUGUCACCGGCUCCACAACCCAUUGAAGAAGCUGGGGCUAAAGUCUUGGCUCCUGCUUAUGCUAUUGCGGGUAUUGCUAUGAUCCAUUUGUUACUUUAA